AUGGUAUGCCCUUUCGUCCCGCGUCGUGGCUCAGGCUGUGACUCUUCCUCGCUGCUCACUCUCUACGCAGAACCGGCGGCUCGCACUUGUGAUGGUCGCGGCAUCGGUCGUCGUGCCCUUCCGCCGGCGCUACCCCUCGCCCACGCCCGCCUGGCCCGCCAUGUCGGCAGCGCAGCUCCCCUCAUUGCUGUACCCAACGAGACGGGUCACCGCUGCCGACGAGGACAAAACUGGCAGCAACACUGUAUAGCACCUUGGGACGGUCCUGGCUGCUCCUGUGAUGACAAGAAUGGCUCAGGCAGUGCACCAAGCGCGAGACCAAAGGAGAGCGCGCGGUACUGGACUCGAACUCCAUGGACGAGCAGGACAGACGGUUUUGAAUAG